CCCUACCCCACCCCCCGGCAUUGUUUCCGGCCCCACCUCCGGAAGCGGGCGUGGCCACGCUAGAGCAUUACGUCACCUCGUGUUCUCCCAUCUGUGAUGUUGUAACGGAGUUGGUGGGCGCUUACAACACGGGGGGGAGGGGAUGACCCAGGAGGAUGGAAGACUGUGACCUACUCUUCAAGAUCGUUCUCAUCGGUAACGCGGGGGUCGGCAAGACCUGCCUCGUGCGGAGGUUCACGCAGGGGCUCUUCCCACCCGGUCAGGGAGCCACCAUCGGUGUGGACUUCAUGAUCAAGACCGUGGAGGUGGACGGAACCAAGAUCAAGCUGCAGAUCUGGGACACGGCCGGGCAGGAGCGGUUCCGCUCGAUCACGCAGAGCUACUACCGCAGCGCGCACGCGCUGGUGCUCACGUACGACGUCAGCAGCGAGGAGACGUUCGCCUGCCUUCCCGCGUGGCUGCGCGAGAUGGAGCAGCACGCCAGCGCCCACGUGCCCCGCGUGCUCGUCGGAAACAAGCUGGACCUGGCCGACGUGCGGCAAGUGACCCGUGAGCAGGCCGAGGCCUUCGCCCGCCUGCACGGCCUGCGCUACCUCGAGACGUCAGCCAAGGAGGCGGAGAACGUCGAGCGCCUCUUCGUGGAGCUGGCGCGACGGCUGGCGCUGGACGCGAGACAGCCCGCCCUGGGCGACGCCCCGGGCCCUCCGCGCUCCCACUCGUGCGGCCCUGGAGGCCUCCCCGGCGACGGGAAACCCGUCAGCUACUUCACCUCCUGCUGCAACCUCUGAGGGGGGGGGGGGGAACGGGAGCCGCACUGCUCCCGGCUCCCGGCUCCCGGCUUCAUGGUCACGGGGAAAGGCUGAGCCCGCGUGGUUCGUUGAGCGAGCCGCUGAGCUGGGUUCGCGUCCAGUGGUGGGGUAGGGCAGGGACUAGCGCGGGGCACCUAGAGCGAGCACCGUUUGGCCACCCCCCAUACCCCCCCCCCCCAUCAUUUAUGGUUGUGCUACGAGGCUCGCACGGAAUUGUAGGUACAUCGCCACUGCACACCAUUGGAGGUGUAUAAACCACAUUGCAGCGCAGCAAAGAAAAAAUACCCUAAACGAUGUCGUGUUAUUUAAAUAAAUUGCGUUCUUUAAUUAAGAGCUUUCGCAAGGGGUGAUCUGGGUAGGAGAAAAAAAAAUACAAUAUUUGGGCGACAUUAUGGGAUAUUGUAUGCAAUAGAUAAUUGUUAAAACAUGGAUAAAAAAAUGAAACGAAAUUUUUCCAACAUUUAACCACCCCGGUGGUGGUAGUGGUGGCAGUGGCGGCAGCGGUGUUGGUGUCUGGAGGUGGUGGGUGGCCCUACUCGUGGAAACAUCUGCAACCGAUGACCCUCCCACCACAUCGACCGCUUCCCCGAGACCCCAGGCAGAGAAACUAAACAACAGAACGAUGGUGCUCACUCCUUGGCAUCAUCGCGCGUACAGGAUGGAAGUCGUCGUGGGAUGCGCCAGAAACACCGAGGCGCGCUCCGCGAAGCGCCCUUGCGGAAACUCUUCGCCCGGAAAGGACAUGUUGCUGCGAUAAGAGAUUUCCAACGAACGGUUACACACAAAAAAAUGAAAAUGUAUUUGCAACAUUGCUGUGUUUGUGGGGUGUUGGUGUUUGAGUGCCUGUCCCAAGAAUGAUAAAGAUCCUCCACUUUGCUUCAUUAGCUACCGAGGCAAGUGCCUAUAAAAGCCGGUAAGACUGACGAACGUGCGAUGCUCGCCAGAUAGCAACCCACUCUUGGCCCCCUUUGUCUCUGCAGUGCACAAAGUUUGUCUUGGCAGUCGGAAGCUAACGGAGGGAUCUUCGUCUUUUUGUCCUGAAAGUGAGGUAUUUGUGUUUUCUGGUCGUGUUUCCUUUAGAAAGUGGGAGGUGGACGCGUGGUGACAUCAUCGUGGUCUAAACCCUGAAGUCUUCACCCCUCCCUUGGAAGGGCAGAAUGAGGUUUUUGGAGUUCCAAUAUAGCAGUGAAGUUUAUCGAGUGACGUCCAGUUAUUGUAUUAUUACAAACACGAAUCCCAAUUCCGAAAGUGCCAAAACUUAUUCUGAGAAGGUUGGCUGGCAGUCGGUAGGCAACGCUUUGUGUAGAUUUUUUUACUUUUGACGAUUUUCUUCGAAUGACAAAACAAAAGGACCACAGGUUUAGAUGUCGCUGGGGUUCUCGAGGAACGCGCUUAAAAAGGCAUGCGAUGGUGUACGAGGUGAGAUGUGUUUAGUCACCAGCCAAACGUGGGAACCUAAAACACGCACGCACGAUAGGGCUGCUCAAAAUGUUUUCGAAUUGAAACACUGAAAUAAAGAGAUACGCACAGGACCCCAUGUACCGCGCGUGCGUACUCAGCGUGGUAACGUGAAACGUGAACGUGCCUAUUCAAUGAAAUGGAUAGCACAAGUGUAUUGAGUAGUCUUGUCGGCCAGGAAGUUUGUACCACCUGAAUUGCCAAAACGUCUGUGCUAAGGAGUUAUUUAUAUGGCGGAGGGAGCAUCGGUCGCACUGCUGUUGAUGGUUGUCGUCCGUUCGCCGCAAUGGAUGGACGAGUCUUGUCUUAACAAUAGUUGUUGAGCCUUGUCUGCUAUUUGCUCAAUAUCUUGUCGUUCUGCGACUCGCAGAUGACGCUGGCCAUACAUAAUCAGUAGUUUCACUAAAGUUUUAUCGCUGAAAGUGGUACUGGCAAAAUUUAAUUAUCCGAUCUGAGCCGAUAGACUAGAAUGUGUGGUUUACAAAAAAAGUGUAGUCAACAUCUCAUAAAUCUUUGACUGCUCUUUUUGUUUAUAAAAGCUGGGAUAUUAAUAGAAGUGUUUUUAUGAUUGUUAUAAUUAAAUGUGAAUACUGUAGGUAAUUUAACAAACAGGAUAUAGUUAAGUUAUUGACCAAGUCUGAAACUGAAUAGCGUGUUUUGUUUUCUAAAAACAGGUGUAAAUAUAUUUUAGACGUAAAUGCAUUUGUUUUGUUCGUGAUUAGGCUGCGUUAACAUUUCAGUUAUGACAACAAGAGAUUAAAUGAAGAUGCUUUGAUUUGAGAUGCUGCCAAUGUGAACAUUUGUCGAUGUAACUGUCAGUUUUGUUCUUGAUGUUUGUUGUCAGCUACUGAACUUGAACUUGCAGUAUGUUUCACACAAACAGACCAACAUCCCGGAUUCUUAGUGCAAGGAUGCUGUUUGCGAGCACCUAUUAAGGCCGACGCACAGCACCCAUGUUAGAAUCGGUGGUGGGGUGCGCAACACGCAAGCCAGGGCCACCUUUGUCUCCCCAAUGAUAAUGUGUGCGACGUCACGGCCAAUAUAGGUUAAUCGUUUUAGGCCGAGUUGACCUAGGGAUUGACAGCGGAUAUCAAUUGCUGCCUAGUGUGAUGUUCAUCAUAGCCUGGCAUUGAGCCUAGGCUGCCGUAAUCAUUGACCGCUAUUGCACUCAUCACACACACGCACAGGCACAACGGGCACCGUGUAUUUGGUACUAAUAAAUGUUUUGCGAUACAAAAUG